AUGGUGGUGGUGGUGGAGCUCGUUGGUGGACAGAGAGUAAAUCAAGAAAAUAUUUUGGAAGCUAAUUCGGGAGUAGUUAAGAUGUGGCUGCGAGUUUUGACGGCCGUCGUCAGUUUGACAGCGCAAGUUCUGUCCCAGCAAUCAUAUCUGAGCCAGAAAUUGCAACAAAGCGGCGCCGGUUUCGAAUGGGGUUGGCACCUGCCACCGCUGGACGGGAAUAUACAAUUAGAUCACUACUACUUGCAGCCAGAACAACAAUUCCUGUACACGAACGCCGGUGUCUUUCAGAACGUGGGGAAUCUGCCAAGCGGCGGUAUACAACAAGUCGACUAUAACUCUGCGAUACCAAUUCAACUGUACCAAGACCCACCGAACAACACGAAUAUACCACAAGGCAACUUGGCUGAAGAAGACACCGCCCAGUCACCCGUUAACUUUUAUUAUUUGCAACCGCAAUACCCCACACAAGAAUUGCAAACGCUCCAGAGUGGCUUACCCGGGGAUUUAAUUCGUUACACUAAUACGCAACAGAAUCUGUACAGUCCGAAUCCUUUGCAUGCCGGCUUCAGUAUCCAGACCCAACAUCCGCUGAGCAUCAAAGAAGCGAAGGUAAACUAUAAACCGCAAGCCGCCGCUUCGUCCACACCAACGCCAAAAGGUAGCGGGAAAGAAUCAAUCUCGCCAAUAGUCCAAGUAUUCAAAGACCACAACUGUUCAGACGACGAUAUCGAAAUCGCUCGGGAUUACAACAGCGACAUGCGAAAAACGAUAGAGCUGUCAGCCGAACUCCCGUCGUACGAUGCGAGUGAUGUGAGCGCGAUAUUCGGUGCCAGAGAUCGUCCGAAACAGACUCAAAAAUCGUCUACGGAUGCGAAAAUCGAAAGGCCGCGGGGAAAUACGAACAACGAGGGUUAUUAUUACUACACCACCGAAGUGGUUAACAUCGCAGCUCGAAAUGAAGAUCAAGAGGGCAUAUCGCGUCUGGUGGCUUCUACGCAAGAUCUGAUAACUAACGACGAUCUCUUGAGGAUAAACCAUUCCGCCGAGAAGCAUAUAUCCGAUGUCAAUGACGAUUACAUCAAACCGCAGCCGCGUAACAGUUUCAAAAGCGAAAGCAAUGGCUACAACCAAAGUCCACGUAAGCAGAUAACAGUGCGAGCGAAAAUUAAUAAGAUUGAGGAUAGAGCAGUCGAAUAUUCAGAUCAGGCAACGGAAAAAAAUGAACAGGAGUUCCACAAUACUGAUAGGUUUACGUCUCCAAUCAUCGUAAAGGAUUCCACCGAUGAGGAUUUCGGAGAGCAAGUGAUUGACACCAUAGUUUCUACAAUGGCCCCUUAUUUGGAUAACGGGUACGAAAUCGUAAGCGUGACGCAGCGAAAUGACACCAAGACCUAUGUGCCGCGAUAUUUAAAUGAAGAAACAGUUUACGUUACACCGAGGCCGGUUGGCCAGAAGUAUUUAGCACCUAUUACUGUAGCAUUGAGGCUGCUCAACUCCAAUCACACAGAAUCCUUCAAUUCUAUUGAUGACCAUGAUGCUUCGGACACUGAGUUAAUUGAGGAGACAGUAAAUAGACCACAAAAGGAUAGAACAGUGGUGGAAAUACAACAAUCGAUUCCGGUAGACAUCACGCACAUAAACGAGGUCGAAGUACACGAAUAUAUGGAGGAGGGUCGAAGUAAUCCAAAUUCGUUCGACCUCGCAAGGAAUCUAUAUGACAGAUAUAUGAAAGCUCUUGAAGUUGAAAGGCAAAACGAGGAAAACAGAAGUAGAGCGAUAAAAAAUUAUGUUAAUAGUUCUGAAAACGGUGACUCCCACAUAAGCAUGAAAGAAGAUAAUCAAGACGCAGAAGAUAAAUUGGAACCCAGUGAAAAUAUACAAUCCGACGUUCGGGUAAGCUAUAACAAUAAUGACAACAACAAACAACACAUCGACAACUACUAUGACAAACGGAAUGAUAACAACGGCAAAGCUAUACAGCCGAUUAUAAUUGAAAAGGAGGUCCCACACUACGUCGAUCGAUAUAUCGAGAAACAAGUGCCGUAUCCCGAACCGGUUGAAGUGGUUAAGCAUGUGCCUGUCGACAGACCGGUUCCUGUACCAGUACCUUACGAGAAGGUCGUCGAAAAACCGGUCGAAGUCACGAAGUAUGUCGAUAAACCUUAUCCGAUUCGAGUGCCACAACCCUAUCCUGUCCCCAUCAAAGUGCCGUAUCCAGUACAGCAGAAAGUUUACGUUGAUAGGCCAGUACAUAUUCCGUAUCCAGUUGAGAAAAUAGUGGAAAAGCAAGUUUUUCGCACCGUACCUGUGCCGACUCCCAUAGCUGUACCGGUUAAUGUACAAGUUCCAGUGGAGAUACCGGUAGUUGAGAAACCCGCACCAGUGGAAAGGAUAGUGCACAAAGAGGUCCCAGUUCCGUAUCCCGUAGAGAAAAAGAUAUUAUAUCCGUUACCGUACGAAAGAACGAUUCACGUGCCAUAUCCCGUGGAGAAAAGGGUGCCCGUACCAGUUGAGAAAGUCGUCGAGAAGCCCGUACCGGUAACUCAAGUGUACAUCGUGAAACAGUAUCCCGUCGACAGGGUAGUUGAGAAGAAUGUACCUUAUGUCCAACAAGUAGAUAGAAUUGUAGAAAAACAGGUGCAGAUGAGAGUGCCGUACCCAAUCGGGAAGGUGGUCGAGAAACCGGUGAUGGUCCCCUAUUUUGUGGAGAAGAUCGCAGAAAAAGAACUUCCGUACGCUGUGCAAGCGCCUUAUACAAACACAGCAUACAAUUAUGACGUCAUAAAGCAGGAGUCACAAAACCUUAUGCAGUAUCAAAAGAUAGCGAACCAAACGCCUAACUCCGUUAACAGUAAACAGAAUCAUCAAAUACAACAACAGCAGGACCAUCCCAACCAAUACUACCAAGGUUCGAAACAAAAUCACCAGAAUAAAGCAAACGCUAUACCGGUCCAGACCACGCUAUGGGGCAACUUGUACGCGUCAUCAUAUACAUACAUAAACGCUACUGACGAAAGAAAAAACGGGGAGCCCCCAUAUCAUCGAGAGUACGUGACUAGGAACGACAAUUACUACGGCCCACCUCCGAUGCGCUCAUAUGAUAGCAUGUGGGAGAAAAACAACGCUUACAUACUAGAAAACAAGCGGACGGAUCGCGCGCCGAAAAUGGCGAAUUUGAGGAUAGAAUAUGGCGGUUUCAAACCUCCGCUGAUCCCGAGUACGGAAGUUGAUUUAGACGGCAGACCCAUAGACAAAGGGGCGGACACA